UCAAAUGUCUCUACUCACCUCGAUUUUCUGUCCGUUGUGCAAAACUCCAUAUGACGAGACCCAGAAAAGACCGCGUCUCGGUUCGUGUCAUCACUCGACAUGUGAGCAGUGUCAGAAGAACGCCACGUGUCAGAUUUGUGGGCUGGAGGACUCUUUCAGGGAUGUCGUGUACAAUUAUGAUUUGAUCCGAUGUAUGGAAAAUCUAUCUGAAAUUUUGGAAUCCGAUGAUCUACAAGGAGAAUCAAAGCCCCUAAGCUGCAUGACCAAAGGAUGUGGAUCCGACCUGAAGCCGAGAUUCUGUGUUACCUGUGCUUUAUCCUCAGGAAUUGCCGAAUACCAUCCAUCAUCCGGAUCCUUAAGGCUGAACCAUUGCAUCUCGGAAAUAAUAAUAAUGGACAAGGCCAACAACUUUCUGAUUUGCGCUGAUUGUAUCUGUAAUGGAGACCAUUCGGACCAUGAGAUUCUAAAAAAUCAUGAGAUGGGCGACAUGGAAGCGGAGCUGCAGUUUUUGUGUUCCGCGGCACGUGGAUUCCUGAUGGAAAGUCAUAUGGAUAGGGGUGCAAUUGAUUGUGAGAUCUUGAAAGAUCAGGUCAUCAAAUUUCGGAAAUAUGCAGUAGCGAUGCAGAUGUUUUUGAAAACGGAAAAUUGGAAAAGGGUGGAGGAUGAGGUCAUGAUGAACGACUUAUCAGUGAAAUUCAAUGCGAAAAUUCCUGAAAUUAUGAAUGCAAAGAAGAAAGCUUUGGAGAUGGUAAAAUCGAUAUUCACCCGGAAUCGAAAGCUUCGGCAACGGCAUUUGAUGUAUGACCAGCUGGAAAUCCAAAAAUAUUUGGAUUUUACUGAACUGAAAAAGUCUGAAAAUUCUAACGAAAAAGCUAAAGCCAUGUUGCAAAAAACAAUCGAUCAAUUUCAAAAAUGCAAAGAAAUAUAUUCAAAAUUCUGCGUGAUUCCACUGGAUCCGGCUGAUGCUCUAGAAAUUGACAGGGAAAUUGAAGAUAAAAUGAGAAAACUUGAAGAUGAACAGAAGAAGAAAACACCGAUGGAAGUGGAAGAGGACUCGAAAUUUUUCAAGUUUCGCGCUUUGCAAAAGGAGAUUGAGAGAGUUCAUAUUCAACAUAAAACCUGCGAAAAGGAAUGGCUAACACGACGUCGCGAGGUAUUUCAUUUGAUUUCAAGCCGCUACAAAACUAUAUCCCAACUGGAACAACAACUUGGAAACGUUAUAUAUACUCCAACUGCAAAUGCAAUAUGGGCUUACGAGAUAACUAUGAAAAGCCUGCAGAAUGAUAAACGAUUGAUAAAGCUUUUUGAAUCAAUAUCUGAACUGCUUCAAGCCAGGCUUAUGGCCUCUAAAUACUUCCCAGAUGUCCCUGGAAAAUCUUAUGAGGAUGAGAUUUUUAAGCGACUACUCGUGGAGGAUUAUGAUGACCAGAUUGGAAUUUCGUGGCUUCAGAAAAUUCUUUUUAUGUUUUAACUGAAUAAAUUGAACUUAAAUUUAAACUCUAAAUUUUCCAAAUAAUAUUUUU